UUCUACUUGGCUUGUAGAACAAGCCGAUCAUUCAGAAUACCCUAAUUGGAACCUUUUGAUAAUGCAACUCCUCGACACAGCGCAUUACUAUAUGAAAGAAUACAAACGCCCGAUAGUCUUGAUCCUUGAUCAAGUAGACCGCAUUGCUAAAAAGGACCAAGAGUUUCUUGGGAUGCUUCAAGAUUUUGCGAAAGACUUAAUUCCUUUUGAAGUUGGUGAUAUCUCAGAUGAAGAAGCUGUGAAAUUUCUGCAGAAUUCUGGCAUUGAUCAAAAAAACGCCGAAGUUUCAGUAAAAUACCUAACGGGUGGACGGUUUACAUUAUUGAAGGAACUCCAAGCACUAAAUCAACUUAUCGAAGUAGGUCGUAUUGACAUCAAGCAAGCUAAGACCAUUAUACCACUCAACACGAUUCGUAAACUUGUUGAGGCUAAUAUUCUCAAAGAAGAUCAAGACUUCACAGUGUCCUUUCAUUCACGUUAUGUUGACACUUAUUUUAAAGAGGAAAUUCUUUCCAAU